AUGGGAAGCAGUGUUGCUGAAAACGUAUUGGCAACAGCCGGUACCAUAUUUUGGUGCGUUCAGCUUGUUCCUCAAAUUAUUAGAAAUUAUAAAGUCAAAGACUGUGAAGGUGUUCCACCACUCAUGAUGUUCUUGUGGGCAGCCAGUGGAAUUCCAUUCUCGAUCUACUUUUUUGGAACUGAUGGAUCCAUUCCAUUGAGAAUUCAACCACAAUUAUUUACAUUUUUCUGUACAGUAGGAUGGCUCCAAUCCCUUUAUUACCCACCUAUUAAGAUGUCAUUGAAGAAGAUCGCUUUGUACGGUGCUUCAUUCACCAUCAUUAGUGCAGCAUUAGAAGCAGGUUUCAUAGUUUGGUUACGUCCUGUAUACCGUCACGGUACUCAUUGGCCCAUGUUAAUUUUUGGUAUCAUUGCCUCCAUUUUGUUAGCUGUAGGGUUACUUCCUCCUUACUUUGAAUUAGCCAAGAGAAAGGGGAGGGUUAUUGGUAUCAACUUCGUAUUUUUGACUAUGGACUCAAUGGGUGCAUUAUUAUCCAUGCUCAGUAUUUGCGUAGGAACAUUUGAUAUUAUGAGUAUGGUUUUGUACGCAAUUGUCUUGGCCAUGGAAUUAGGUAUCUUCUUAUCCCAUACUAUCUGGUACAUUAGAUUUGGAAGGCAUGAAAAGAAGCUUAAAAACGACUUGGAGAAGUCUCAGGUCGAUGAAAGCUUUGAGAAGGAGAGUGAGCACUCAGUGAGCGAUGACGCUACAUUACUGAUAAAAUAG